AGGCUGGGAGAAGUAAUUCCUGACUCUUUCGGGAACGGAAGUGACGUACGUUCUGGCGGUGAAGACGAGCGUGUCUCGCGCUGGGCGGUUGGAGCCUCUCUGGGAGCCGGAGAAGAGUUUUGUGUCUCCCGUUUCUGGGCAUGCGGGCGGAGGAGAGUCCCGCAUGCGCAGAGGCAGUGCUCACCCACUGCGGGGCCGGGCGGAGCAGGAGGGUCUGUGCCGGGGAGACCUUCAUUAACCCCCCCGUGCCCGGCCCGCGCCCUGCUCCCGCUGGGGCCGCCCCGGGCUCUGCCCGCCCCGCUGCGGAGCUGCAGCCUCCAGGCUACAGAAUAACAUCCACGUUUUGCUCCAGAUCAUCCCCUCCUCCCAGGGGGAAGGAAAUGGCUUCAAUGGAGCUGGCUAAGGGGCCGGUGACUUUCGAGGAGGUGGCUGUGUAUUUCACCAGGGAAGAGGGGGCUCUGCUGGACCCCACUCAGAGAGCCCUCUACAGGGAUGUCAUGCAGGAGAACUAUGAGACGGUGGUCUUGCUGGGGUUUCCAGUUUCCAAACCUAAUGUGAUCUCGCAGCUGGAACGAGGGGAAGAGCCGUGGAUCCCAGACCUCCAGGGCUCUGAGAAAGAAGUGCUCCUGAAAGCUGCCUUCACAGGGAGUGACCUAUGUCUAGAUUCUCUCUGUCUUCCAUCAGGUGAUGGGAUGGUGAGUGAGAAUGAGGAGGAGAAACCCCAGCAGGAAGAUGCUGAGCAAGUAGAACCACAUGGAAUGUUAUCAGGAAGAUCCAAAGGGAAUGUCUCCGGGAGUUGUGCACUCCGAGAAAAAGCAAUAUCAUGUGUGACUCAGGAGAUGCCAGAGGAAAACUUCAGUAGCCUCUCAGACCUUAUAACCCGCGACAGAAUCAACUUGGAAGGGAGACACUACACAUGUCAUGAGUGCGGGAAAAGAUUCAGUUGGAGCUCACACUUUCUCACACAUUGGAGAACCCACACUGGAGAGAAGCCCUACACGUGCUCUGAGUGCGGGAAAAGUUUUAGUCAGCGUUCAAACCUUAUCACACAUCAGAGAAUCCACACAGGAGAGACGCCCUACACAUGCGCUGAGUGUGGGAAAAGCUUUAAUCGGAGCUCAAACCUUAUCAUACAUGAGAGAAUCCACACAGGAGAGACGCCCUAUACGUGCUCUGACUGCGGGAAAAGCUUCAUUGAUAGUUCAAGCCUCAACUCACAUCAGCGAAUCCACACAGGAGAGACACCCUACACAUGCUCUGAGUGCGGGAAAAACUUCAACCAGCGCUCUGCCCUUAGGAGACAUAGGAGAAUCCACACGGGUGAGAAACCUUAUGGAUGCUCUGAGUGCAGGAAAAGCUUUAGUCAGCGUUCAGACCUUAUCACACAUCAGAGAAUCCACACAGGUGAGAAGCCCUACACGUGCUCUGAGUGCGGGAAAAGCUUCAAUGAUCGCUCAAACCUUAUCACACAUGAGAGAAUCCACACAGGAGAGACGCCCUACACGUGCUCUGAGUGCAGGAAAAGCUUUAGUCAGCACUCACAACUUAUCUCACAUUAUAGAAUCCACACAGGAGAGAUGCCCUACGCGUGCUCUGAGUGUGGGAAAAGUUUCAGGGAGAACUCACACCUUAUCAGACAUCAGAGAAUCCACACAGGAGAGACACCCUACACGUGCUCUGAGUGCGGAAAAAGCUUCAAUGAUCGCUCAAACCUUAUCACACAUAAGAGAAUCCACACAGGAGAGACGCCCUACACAUGCUCUUAGUGUGGGAAAAGCUUUAGUCAGCACUCACAACUUAUCUCACAUUAUAGAAUCCACACAGGAGAGACACCCUACACGUGCUCUGAGUGCGGGAAAAGCUUCAAUGAUCGCUCAAACCUUAUCACACAUGAGAGAAUCCACAUAGGAGAGACGCCCUACACAUGCUCUGAGUGUGGGAAAAACUUCAAUCGGAGCUCUGACCUGAUUAUACAUCAGAGAAUCUACACAGGUGAGACACCUUACAGAUACUCUGAGUGUGGGAAAAGCUUAAAAAAGAGCUCACACCUUAUUAGACAUCAGAAAAUCCACAUAAGAGAACUGUAACAAAUGCCUUGAUUAGGGUUGGGCAAACAUUUUUUUGUUUUAAAUAAUCACAUUUGCUAAUUCUCACAUAGUGAUCUGUGCACCAUCUUCACUGUGGUCUCUCAGCUCCACGAGAUGAGUUGCCUGCUUCUGCCUUUUGCACUCACCUUCUUUGGGGUCAGUCCUCUGAUCUUUUCUAUCAACUCCUUUCCUUUUGAGUCAUAGGAGUGUGUCCCCGUCCAGGAAUGUUCAUCUGUUCCAGGUGGGAGACAAAGGUUUGUUCCCAACAAGCUACACUGAGGCAAAACUACCUGUGCCUUACAGCCACUAGGACUGUACAUGGCAUUGGCUGCUCAAGUUAGUGAUCUUGGUGUAAAAAGACAAUUAUAGUUGUAGUGUAGAUCCAGCCCAGGUGCAGUGUUUGGCAUUAGCUUUCCCCUUGACCAGCCCUAAACUACAUCACUUUUCCUAGUCUAAACAAACCCUGAGCAUCACGGUUAUUCUGAUGUUGCUUCAGGUUGUACUGGAGAGCAGAUACUUUUACAACCAUUUUCCUCACUUAUAAUAUAUUGAACUAUAAGAAAGAGCAGGAACAGGGCAGGGAUAGGGGAAAAUGUCAUUUCACCCUCUGUAACAAGAGAAGAAGAUAGGGUAAAUCAAAGGGAUUCCCUUAUUCCUCAUCACCAUCCCAAUCCCCUGUUCAACUGGUUAGGUCAAUAUUUUUUCUAAAGGGCUGGGAAGAGGAUUCCCUAGUAAAUGACUUGUAACUAAGCAAAAUACCCAUGCAUUUGGCUCCCAAAGCAGUUGUGGCCCAGGCCCUGCAGGAGGUCGCUCCUGAAGAUCUGCUUCCUAAUCAGGUGCAUGUUGCCUAUUAUUUGGGAAAUGCAAUCCCUAUCUGGUUAGAAAUGGGAAAAAUGGAAGAUUCUGCAAAUGAGUAGAAAAUGAAAUCCAUGUUGAAUGUGAUAAAGCUGCAAAAAUAUGCCUAUUUUUAAUAGAUUCCUGACAUUUGGUAUCUUACAGGGAUUCUAAGCCGCACCUGAAUAUAGUCCCUAAUUUAAAUCUGUGCCAUCAGAUUAAAGACAUACAAGAGCAUAGUUGGGGGGAGUUAUACCUCACUAUCACUACUGAUAUGUUGUGUGGUUAGUGAAGAAUUCUACGCCAGAGAAGUAUAAAAUUACUCCAAGUAAGAUCAAAGAUUUGACAAGAACUCAUGUAGAAAUUGCAGGUAGUGGUGGUUGAUUUUCAUCCCAGAGAUGGAAGCUAUGGUGACCUGUGGCCGAUGUAAACUGUUUUUAGAACACUGCUCCCUAGUUAAGUGGCAUUGAUCACACUCCUAAAGAUGCCAUUAUUAAAUUGGGCACAACUGUCUUUUACCAUUUGGAUCCAAAGUUUCAUGAAGCACAGAGAGAAUCAUAGAAGAUUAGGGUUGGAAGAGACCUCGGGAGGUCAUCUAGUCCAAACCCCUGCUCAAAGCAGGACCAACCCCAACUAAA